GCGGCGCUGCCCGUCAUGGCGGCGCGGGCGGCGCUGGAGGCCGCGGCGCUGUCGCGGGACGUGGUUCUGUUCCAGCACGACCGCAGCCGCUUCUUCCGCCUCGUGGGGCUUUUCUGCGCGGGCCAGGGGCUCUUCUGGGCCUACCUGGCGCACUUCGCCUUCACGGCGCUGCGCCCCACGCCCGCGCCCGGCUCCGGGCCCGAUGAUCCGCUGCGACCCCGAGACAACAAGUGGCGCUUUGGGUUCACGGCGUCCUGCCUCACCGUCGGCUCGCUGGUCGUGGCCGCGGGCUGGCUGCUCCCGCUGCGCUCGGUUCGCCGGGUGACGCUGCUGCGGGGCGGUACCGAGGUUGCCAUCGGCACCCACGGCCCGCUGGGGCUUCGGCCCCGCACUCUGACCGUGCCGCUCCGGGACGUGUCCGGCCGCGCGCACCGCGCCGAGGUGGCCGCUGCCAUCCCCAUCAAGGUCAAGGGACGCCCGUUCUUCUUCCUGCUGGACAAGGGGGGGCAGCUCAGCGACCCCCGGCUCUUCGAUGUCACCGUGGGCGCCUUCCGCAAGUUCUAGGCUGGGGUGAGGUGAGGACACGGCGGCGGUGUCACCUCCGGACGGACCGUGGGACACGCGCAGAGUUCGGACGCAGCAGCGUUGUCACUCGUCACCCCCAAAAUAAAGUGUGAAAAACUCA